ACGUUGAAAUAUCGCAUCUUCUCAUGUGGCACGAGACUACGGACGACAUAUUUGUUUUCCAUCUCGUCCUUGCUAGAAAGCUUGCAGUUAAAAUCUGUUGUAAUCGGUGUCGUUGUGUGAUCCACAUCCCUCAAAAUAUAGCAGCGGAAUGGCCGGGUCCUUAGCAUUCGAUGAGUAUGGCAGGCCGUUUAUUAUUGUCCGCGAUCAAGAUAGAAAGUCAAGGCUAACGGGCAUUGAAGCCCACAAGUCUCAUAUCCUUGCUGCCAAGACUGUCGCUGGUGUUCUGAAAUCUUCCCUGGGGCCAAAGGGUCUAGAUAAAAUGAUGGUUGGACCAGAUGGGGAUGUGACGAUCACAAACGAUGGUGCUACAAUCUUGAAGCAGAUGGAUGUUGAACACCAGAUAGCCAAGCUCAUGGUGCAGCUGUCGCAGUCCCAGGAUGAUGAGAUUGGCGAUGGUACCACAGGAGUCGUUGUGCUUGCUGGGGCUUUACUUGAACAUGCUGAGAAACUUCUAGACAGAGGGAUCCAUCCAAUCCGUAUUGCAGAUGGCUAUGAAAUGGCUGCCAAAGUUGCCUUUGAGCAUCUUGACACUAUCAGCGAACAGUUCAAGACAGACCCCAAAAAUAAAGAGCCUCUCAUACAGUUGGCAAUGACCACUCUAGGUUCCAAAAUAGUCAACAGAUGUCACAGACAGAUGGCAGAAAUUGCUGUGGAUGCUAUCUUAGCUGUGGCUGACUUUGAUACGAAGGAUGUCAACUUUGAGCUGAUCAAGGUUGAAGGGAAAGUCGGCGGGAAAAUGGAGGACACAAUGUUAGUUAAGGGUGUAAUUGUGGACAAGGACUUCAGCCAUCCACAGAUGCCCAAGGAAGUGAAAGAUGCUAAAAUGGCGAUCCUCACCUGUCCGUUUGAGCCCCCUAAGCCAAAGACGAAGCAUGGAUUGGAAGUGAAAUCUGUGGAGGAUUACCACAAACUACGCGAGUAUGAAGUCCAGAAGUUCAACACCAUGGUUCAGCAGGUAAAGGAUGCAGGUGCUAACCUUGUAAUCUGCCAGUGGGGAUUUGAUGAUGAAGCCAACCACCUCCUGCUACAAAGAAAACUGCCUGCUGUUCGCUGGGUUGGGGGUCCAGAGAUUGAGUUGAUCGCUAUAGCAACAGGUGGCAGAAUAGUGCCAAGAUUUGAGGAGCUCACAAAAGAAAAACUUGGUCAUGCUGGAAUUGUAAGAGAGUUAGACUUCGGUACAACCAAGGACAAGAUGUUGGUCAUAGAACAAUGUGCCAACUCCAAAGCUGUCACAAUCUUCCUCCGAGGUGGUAACAAAAUGAUUAUCGAGGAAGGUAAGCGGAGUAUCCAUGACGCUCUGUGUGUCAUCCGUAACCUGGUCACUGAUGACAGGAUCGUCUACGGGGGAGGAGCAUCUGAAAUCUCGUGUUCACUUGCCGUGUCGGAAGCUGCAAACAAGGUGUCCACUCUUGAGCAGUAUGCGAUGAGGUCCUUCGCAGAGGCAUUAGAAAGUAUUCCAUUAGCCCUGGCCGAGAACAGUGGUUCAUCACCCAUCCACACACUAGCAGACAUCAAAUCCCGCCAGCUCAAAGAGAAAAAUCCACGACUAGGAAUUGAUUGCUUAUUUAAAGACACAAAUGAUAUGAAGGAACAACAUGUAAUAGAGACGUUAUCAUCCAAGAGGGCCCAGAUAAUGUUGGCUGUGCAGCUUACUAAAAUGAUCCUCAAGAUUGAUGAUGUCCGUGGAGGAGAACAACAGAUGGGAGGUUACCCUGGCAUGAUGUGAGGAUUUUGAAAUUAGGAUAAUAUUUAUAAAGACUUUCCCAGAAUGAAAGAUGAUCGGAGGAGGUGCGAACCUGGCAAAUGUCUCUUGUGCUUAUUUGUUUUGUAUGGAGCUUGAAAGCGGACUAUUUUCUCACCUCGUGAUCUGUGAUUGCUGUGUCAGGACAAAGCACCGCAAUAUCAAGUGUCCUGUUCAUCCUCAUAUAGGCAACAUUUUCCAGGAUGUGUGGAUGGAUGGCUUGGAAUUUCUGAAAACUGUGACGUUGCUUUCGAACAAAUAUCUGUACACGUGUCAUUGUCCAUCUGAGAAACGAUCUGAAGAGAUUGAUGGAAUUUGGCAGUUACAUAAAUAUGGCUAAAUACAGACAUAGUGCUGUGUUACAGUAAACUGAUUGCUUUAUUAUAUGUACCGUUUAUAUUUAAUGUUUGAAUGAGUUCUGUGAGCAAGAAAGUGAAAAGUGAUUUAUAAAGAAAUCAAAUAUGAAAAA